AUGGCUCCGAAACAGUCGGCAGCAGCGCGAACUGCUGGCAAGCGCCCCGGCCGUCCGUCAACAGGCGGCGUCAAGAAACCGGCGCGGACGUCCAAUGUGCAGCCCGGUGACCCUGUCCCCCAAAGAAAACAGCGCCGCUACCGUCCCGGCACGCUGGCCCUCCGCGAGAUCCGCAAGUACCAGAGCAGUACCGACCUGCUCCUCCUCAAGCUCCCCUUUGCCCGUGUAGUCCGCGAAAUUGCGCUGAGCGUGCGGCCCGUCGACGAGGGCAUGCGGUGGCAGUCGCAAGCCAUCCUCGCGCUGCAAGAAGCCGCCGAGGCCUUCCUGGUCCACCUCUUUGAAGACACCAACCUCUGCGCCAUCCACGCGCGCCGUGUCACCAUCAUGCGCCGCGACAUUUGGCUGGCGCGGAGAAUACGAGGCCUGUGGGGUGCCGGUGGCCAGUACUGA